AUGGACGCCGCGCUUCGCCAGUCCAAAGCCAUGUGUCCGUUUAUGAAGAAGGCCUCGCCCGCCACCCUCCGCUCCCUCUCGACCUCCAGUCGCCAGGGCGGCAGCAUGUCCAAUCUGCAGACGAUUGCGCGUCGAUGCCCCAUCAUGGGCAAGGCCCUCGCUGUUCAGACGGCCAAGUCGUCAGCGGUGGGCUUGGGCGGCGUUGCUGCUCUCGGAGCCAUGCGGGCUUUCUCUGGAAAGGUCGGCUCUGGCAAGGCGAAGCUGCAUACCGGCCGACCAAACGAGGCGAGAGCCGCGGAGGACACCUUGUUUGGCAGAGAAGCCCACAUCCGUCACGGCAAACCAGCCCGUCCAGCUCAGCACAACGGCCAGCAAUUCGACUACGAGUCUUUCUACAAUGCGGAGCUCGAAAGGAAGCAUAAGGACAAGUCCUACCGGUAUUUCAAUAACAUCAACCGCAUUGCUAAGGAGUUCCCGCGCGCCCACAAGGACAGCAAGGAUGAUAAGGUCACAGUUUGGUGCUCCAAUGACUAUCUCGGCAUGGGCAGCAAUCCGAAGGUCUUGAAGAGCAUGCAUGAGACUCUCGACGAGUACGGAGCCGGUGCUGGUGGAACAAGAAAUAUCUCUGGCCACAAUAAGCACGCUGUCAGCUUGGAAGCUGCCAUCGCCAGGUUGCAUGCAAAGGACGCAGCAUUGGUUUUCACCUCGUGCUAUGUGGCCAACGACGCUACUUUGGCGACUCUAGGAAGCAAAUUGCCAGACUGCGUUAUUUUCUCUGACAGCUUGAACCAUGCUUCCAUGAUCCAGGGCAUCCGGCACUCCGGGGCCAAGAAAGUCGUUUUCAGACACAAUGAUCUCGGGGAUUUGGAAGCUAAACUUGCAGCUCUGCCCCCAGAUGUCCCAAAAAUCAUUGCUUUCGAGUCCGUGUAUAGCAUGUGCGGUUCGAUUGGGCCCAUCGAGGGAAUUUGUGACUUAGCCGAGAAGUACGGAGCCUUGACCUUUCUCGAUGAAGUCCACGCUGUAGGCAUGUACGGACCUCACGGCGCUGGUGUCGCCGAGCAUUUAGAUUACGAGGCGCACAUUUCCGGCAAGCCCAAGGGCACAAUUAUGGACCGCAUCGACAUCAUUACUGGUACUCUGGGAAAAGCCUACGGCUGCGUAGGUGGUUAUAUCGCCGGUUCCGCCAAAAUGGUUGACACGAUCCGCUCUCUCGCUCCUGGCUUCAUUUUCACCACUUCCCUCCCACCCGCCACAAUGGCGGGUGCACAAACUGCGAUUGAGUACCAAAUGGAAUACCAAGGUGAUCGUCGCCUCCAACAACUCCAUACUCGAGCAGUCAAGGAUUCUCUCGCUGAGCGCGACAUUCCAGUCAUUCCGAAUCCAUCGCACAUUAUCCCCGUGCUCGUCGGCAACGCCGAGCUCGCUAAAAAGGCCUCGGACAUGCUUCUCGAGACCCACGGUAUCUAUGUUCAAUCUAUCAACUACCCAACGGUGCCCGUCGGCCAGGAGCGGCUGCGCAUAACUCCCACUCCGGGACAUGUCCGCGAAUUCCGCGAGGAGCUCGUGGGUGCGCUGGAAAGUGUCUGGCAGGAAUUGGGUUUGAAGAGGACAAGCCAGUGGAAGGCCGAGGGAGGAUUCAUUGGCGUUGGCGAAGAAGGAGCGGAUCUUGUGCAGCCGCUCUGGACGGACGCGCAGUUGGGCGUGACGGAGGUGGUGAGAGAGAUGAAGGCCGCUGGUCCCAUUGGCGUGAUGGAGGCUCUCCUUGAGAGAGAAACCAGCGCCACUGCGAAGACGAUUGCUGCUGUCGCGUAA